AUGACCUUUGGCUUCCCCGUGUCCCCGCUGGUCGCUCUCCACCACGCCGGCGCAUGCGCCGCUAGUGUGGCUGGUAGCACCUCCAGGCCAGCACGGCCACUGGCGCGUGCCGCCGACAUGUACCGCUUGCACGCUGCUGGUGCAGCCACUCGCCCACUUUCCACAGUCGCGAGGCAUACGCGACCCGCUACACGGCCAUUCGCACCUCCCAGUCGCGUCCUGAACGCGGCCUUGUUCUCGUCCUCGGCGCCCCACCGCGUGCCUCCACCUUCCACACCGCCUGCACCACCAGCAGCACCACCAAACGCGCAGGCAUCCUCCUCCUCCGCCGUCAACCCGGAUGUGGCGAGCAAGCCCGUGUCUGAGAAGAAGCAGGCCCAGACAGACUGGACCAUCCUCCGACAGCUCGCGAGCAACGUCUGGCCAAAGGACAACACAAGCGUCAAGAUCCGUGUAGUUACCGCCCUCAGCCUGCUCGUUGCAGGCAAGAUUCUCAACGUCCAGGUCCCCUUCUUCUUCAAGGGCAUCGUCGACGGCCUCAACGUCGCUGUCGACGCGGACACUACAGUCUGGGUCCUUGCCGGCGCGGCUAUCGCAGGCUACGGUCUGGCUCGUAUCGGCUCGACCCUCUUUGGUGAGCUCCGCAACGCCGUCUUCGCCACUGUCUCGCAAGGCACCAUUCGCAAGGUGGCCCGAGAGACGUUUGACCACCUCCUCAACAUGGACAUGAAGUUCCACCUUGAACGUCAGACUGGUGGCCUCACUCGCGCUAUUGACCGUGGUACCAAGGGUAUCUCGUUCAUCUUGUCGUCUAUUGUCUUUCACGUCAUUCCCACUGCUCUGGAGAUCUCCAUGGUGUGCGGUAUCCUUUCGUGGAAGUUUGGUUUGGACUUUGCUGGUGUGACCGCUGUCACCAUGCUCCUCUACACCUGGUUCACCGUCCAGACCACCGCCUGGCGUACCCAGUUCCGCAAGCAAGCCAACGCUGCCGAUAACAAGGGUGCCACACACGCCGUCGACUCGCUCAUCAACUACGAGGCUGUCAAGGAGUUUAACAAUGAAAAGUACGAGAUCAAGCAGUACGAUGCUACCCUCAAGACGUACGAGAAGGCCUCCAUCAAGAUUGCCACGUCGCUCGCGUUCCUCAACUCUGGUCAAAACUUCAUCUUCUCAUCCGCGCUCACCGCCAUGAUGGUCCUCGGUGCCAACGGUGUUAUCAAAGGUACCAUGACGGUCGGUGACCUGGUACUUGUCAACCAGCUCGUGUUCCAGCUUUCGCUCCCGCUCAACUUCCUCGGCACCGUGUACCGCGAGCUCCGCCAGAGCCUGAUUGACAUGGAGGUCAUGUUCAACCUGCAAAACGUAAAGCCCGAGAUCCAUGACCGCGUUGGCGUCAAGUCGCUCCAGCUCAAGGGCGGCGAGAUCAAGUUUGAGAAUGUCAACUUUGGCUACCACCCCAGCCGCCCGAUCCUCCAGAACCUCUCGCUCACCAUUCCUGCCGGCAAGAAGGUCGCCCUGGUCGGCCCCUCGGGUUGCGGCAAGUCGACCGUCUUCCGCCUCCUGUUCCGCUUCUACGACGCCCAGUCGGGCCGCAUUCUCAUCGACGGCCAGGACAUCAAGGACGUGUCGCUCGAGUCGCUGCGCAAGAGUAUCGGUGUCGUGCCCCAGGACACUCCCCUCUUCCACGCCGACCUCAUGCACAACAUUCGCUACGGAAACCUCGAAGCCACCGACGACCAGGUGUUUGAGGCUGCGCGCAAGGCCCAGCUCGACAAGACCAUCGCCAAGCUUCCCGACGGGUACGCCACCAAGGUUGGUGAGCGCGGUCUCAUGAUCUCGGGUGGUGAGAAGCAGCGUGUCGCCGUCGCGCGUCUCCUGCUCAAGGACCCUCCUAUCAACUUUUUCGACGAGGCCACCUCGGCUCUGGACGUGUACACCGAGACCGAGCUCAUGCGCAACAUCAACUCGACGCUCGUGGACGGCACCAAGACCUCGGUCUUCAUUGCGCACCGCCUGCGCACCAUCUCGGACGCCGACAUCAUCAUUGUCCUUCAGGACGGCCAGGUGGUCGAGCAAGGAAAGCACGACGAGCUCCUGCGUAUUCAGGACGGCGUCUACCACAACCUCUGGAACGCCCAGCUCACCGAGAGCGUCAAGGAGGAAGUGGACAAGGAGCUCGACAAGGAGAUUGCAGAGCUCGAGAACACGAAGAAGAAGCAGUAA